AUGGCUUCGAAACCCAAUCUCGUCCAAUGGAUGCUGGACACUCGCCCCUGGUUUCCCGAAGCAACUCAGACAAAACACCUCGAGACUCAUGCCCAAGCCUCCCGCGCAUUGGCUCUGCUCCCGGAGCCCGAGCGCGCCGCCGUGCUCCGGUACUACCACGUCCGCGACGCCAAGAUGGCGCUCGCCUCGGCUCUCCUCAAACGCUACUGCAUAGCCCGCCUGAGUCCCAGCAAACCCCCCUGGUCCAGCAUCACCCUCACGCGCGACAGCCACACCAAGCCCGUAUGGGUCGACCCAGCCACAGGCGCCCGGCCCGUCUCGUUCAACCUGAGCCACCAGGCGGGCAUCGUGGCCCUCGUCGCUGUUGCUGACUACCACCCUGUUCCCGUCUCCUCCUCUUCGGAGGGAAACGAAGAACGGAGAGGGCCAGGGAAGGAGGCGACGGUAGAAGUAGGAGUGGACAUUGUCUGCACGUCGGAGCGGCGCCCGCGUGACCACGCCAUGGUUCGCAGCGAAGGCUGGCCGGCCUUUGUCGACAUGCACGCUGACGUGUUUGCACCCGGGGAGGUGAGCUAUCUCAAACACCGAGUCUUGAGUGCCGUUCCGGGCUUGGUAACCUCGUCCCCUCCUUCGACGGAGCAGGUGACUGACGCUAAGCUCCGCGCCUUUUACGCGCUCUGGGCCCUGCGCGAGGCCUACAUCAAGCUCACGGGCGAGGCACUUCUGGCAGAGUGGCUGCGCGACUUGGAGUUUCGGGAUUUUCGUCCGCCGAGGCCCACGCCCGCGUGGGAGGUGCCCGCAAAAGAGGAUGCUAGUGAGGUGGUGGGGACGCCCGAGAUUAGGUUCCGCGGGGAAAAGGUGGAGGGUGUGAAUAUCUGCCUGCGGUCCAUGGGACCGGACUUUAUGAUUGCCACGGCGGUGAGGACGCCGGGGAACAGGGACGACGGGCUCGGGUGGCGGCUGAGCGGGCCCUACGAGGUGUUGUCGUUGGAGGAAGUCCUAGACUUUGCCGAGUCUAGGUGA